GCUUUAGGACGGAUCGAAGACCUGCGUGCUGCCGUUGCUUGAAGUGUUUCGUUUCCUCCGGGAAACCCUCUCGAGGUCGCGUGCGCCAUCGUAUCUGAUAUUUUCACCGUGUCGCCAAAAUAUCAGAUUGCUUGGCCUGAAUCAAGGACAUACAACAACACACAGCAGCCUCUCAAUUUGAGCGACCACUUCCAGCACAACAUGGACGAAUCACCCCGCCCCGUCAGCGAUAGGUACACCUUGAGCCUGGAUCAGAGCUUGCAAGAACUCCAAGAAAAGAUUGAGCAACACCGGGAAGAGCUUGCCGCACUUCAACGAAAUGCCAACUCCAGCCAAAAUGUUUCUGGACCAGGGAGAGGAUCUUAUGAAGUCAUGAAAGGCGCGUUCGAGCAAGUUGCCAGUACGCCUCCCUUCGUACCUUUCUCGGAAUCUGUUCUACCCGCGCUACUGGCCUUGCGAACGACUCAUCAGACCGUUGUUGAGUCCCAAGUCUAUUUGACCAGUCAAGGGGCCACUUUUGAUCAGACCAAACGCAGGCUCGAAGUUGAGCAGGCGAAUUUGUCAGACCAGAAAACCCUCCAGCAGAGUUUGGAGAAGCGAGUUCUGUCUCUCAAAGACGAGGCCGAAUCUAGGAUGGAAUUGACGCCCGAACAGGCAGCUAAGAAAAGACUGGACGAACUGAGGCAAAAGAAGAAGCGCUACGACAAGGAGACGACUAAACUGCUCAAAGCUCUGAGAAACUUCAUUGACGGUCACCUCGGAGGUCAACUGGCUGCGGAAGAUCUAGGCGGACCUGUCGUCGGCGACAUGAUGGAAAUUGAUUCGGAUCAACUCGGUGCUGGUUUCAACGCCCAGGGCCGACCUGUCAAAGUCAAAUUCAACGUGGACGAGGAUAAACGACAACGACGCCUCGAGGAAGUUUGGGGUUUACCUCAAGAGGAUGCCGGCCGGGGAAAAGGCAAUGCGGACGAAGCAGCGGCUGCUGGUCGCGAGAUGCGCGACCUAACAGAACAGCUUCUGAAUCAACAUGCUGAAGCAGCUGGCGACAGCACUGCGGCCUACGUCAAGCUCUCGAAGGAAACAGCAGCGGCGCGAUUCCUCGUCAGGUCCAAGGUCGCGCAGUUCCAUCCUAGGGACGCGACGAGGCUCAAGCUCAUUGAUUUUGGAAGAGAGCUGGACGACUAGCAGGGCUUGAUCUGCCGCACAUCCGUGCGAGUGUGACUGCGACGCAGUCGGCGCAGAUCCCCCGUGUGGAGAUGGCCAACCAGGCAAUCAAAAUGA